AUGAUCUCUUUUAACAAUUUAUUUGGGAGCUCUCUGCAGCCUUCUCUCAAGUUUUACAGAAAAUGCCUGACAAAUAACCCAUAUUUUGCACUGACCAUGCAUUCAAUUACAAAUCCCUUGGGUACAGCUAUGACGGUAAAGAGGGCACAUUUGAAGCCACAUGCCACAGACAUCAAGAGGAACCCCCAGGUACAUGAGCUUUACAAAUUGGUUUAUAGACUUCCGGAGAACCUUAGCUGGCUGUUGGCACCACCAGAAGUUCCUAAAAGACCUACCUCAAAGAAGAAAAAACAAAAGGAUGAAAUAGUGACUGGUAACAGCUUUGGUGUGAUCUUGGAGUGGGAGGGAGUUGUUGUGGACGAUGAUGAUCCUGACUUGGAGCCCCGGGUUUGGUAUGUUCUAUCACUUGAAGAGGGAAAGUCUUUCCCUCCAGAUGUAUUGCUGAAGAAAAUUGAGGGAAUGAGAACUGACCAGGCUAUUUCAGAAGUCUUAUGUUGGUCAGAAGAUCCAGCAGAAAUUCAAAGGUUGGCAGCACACAAGGAGGUAAUAUAUCAAACACUCAGAGGCGGAUACUACCAGCUACGACCAGGUGUGCUUGAUUUCUUGAACACCCUUGUGGGUUUUGACAUUCCAAUAGCAAUUGCAACACCUCACUCAAGGAAGAGCCUUGAACAAGGGAUUAAAACUGUUGGUCUGCAAGGCUACUUUGAUGCUAUAAUUGCAUUGGAGGACUUCUGCCUAGGGAAACCUGAUGGUGAGAUGUUUGAGGUCGCAGCGGACCAACUUGGUCUGGAGCCAGAUGUUUGUGUUGUGUUUGGUAACUCAAACUUGACGACAGAAUCUGCACAUAACGCUGGGAUGAGAUGUGUGGCAGUUGCAGGCCGACACCCUGCCUAUGAGCUCCAAGCAGCAAACCAUGUUGUGAGAUGGCUUGACCAACUCUCUAUUGUUGACUUGCAGAUGCUUGCUAAUGGUGAGGUUAUUGGUCGCAGGGGUAGAGAAUCUGACAUGGAUAUGGAGAUUGUGAUCGAGGAAUGA